ACCAAAAUGACUGGCCAAAGAUAGAAUAGAUCUGAUGGACCAUUCAAAUCCAUAAUAAGGAGUCAUCCAUACCAGCGACCUCCGACUCGGUAAUAAAACCUGCUUAGAUUCCUGUUUAAUGACUCUCAAACGAUGUAAAGGAGAAAGCAUUGACAGCCUUUCUCGCGUCUAGGGUCGUAAAGAUGGGCACCUAUAGCUUUACCCAGCACAGUUGUUAAACAAGGCACGUCACCUAAAUGGAUGUCAUAGUGUCAGUUUUCCAACCAUAAUAGGGCUGGGAAAUACUCGUAAAAUAUUAUACAGCUCGUGUUAUUACUGUCCUUACCACUUUCACCAACGUAAUAUAUUUUGUACUUUCGAAAGGUACGACUGCCGGAAUAAAUCAGUAAUCACUUCCUCAACUCGUUAUUUCCUUAUAAAGGGCUUAUCAAACGGACAACUUUCAUGUAUGUAGACCAAACAGAAAUACUUAUGCACGUACCUUCGUCAUGCAACAUCGGUUCAAAUAUCUCCAUAGCGUUGCCGCGCUCUGAAAGUUAAAUAUGCCACUUCCAUAUAAGCGGCACUCGUCCUACAUGCGUUCUGGUGUCUCGAUGAACAAUCACGGAUAAAGUGAGUUAGUAUACGCCGAUGCGUCUAUGUAGUGCAUCGGAUGCAUCGCACGCGACCGACUACGCUACACCGUCAAGCGGAACGCAAUACAUGCUGCCCGCUAGACGAAUGCACGCCACUGCAGUCUCUCGGUCGCUUGCUGCGCUUCACCACACUCGGUGUAAUGAAAUAUGGAAAAUACGAACUUCACAAAUCAUCGGCUAAUCUCAGCAUCGGAACGUCCUACUCGUGGUACUACAGGAAGAAUGAGAACCUGACCAAUCGCAAGAAACCGCUCACCAGAGCCGCCUCAGACUCCACGCUCUUCAGUGACUACGCAAACCAAAUCGCUUUGUUCGAAAAAGAAUUGUCUCGCAAUAAAAAGUGUAAGAAAUCAGUGAGCGAUGUGGGUAAAAAUACACGCGUUAAAUGUAAUGUGCGGAACAUCGAACCGGUGCACAUGGAACCGUUCACUGGAAACUUCUUUUACGGUAAGCCGCUACCCGGUUACGAAUACUCGCAAAAAACCGAAGAGAAACUUAAUUAUUUGCCAGAUUCCGAUGCAGUUACUGCGUCCGAAGAUACCACAGCGGAAUCCCUUACAACUGCGCCCACAGUGGUUGACAUUCCAGAAUACAUAAAAAAUCCAUUGUAUGGAUGUAUCGAAGCGGGUGACCAACUCCAUGUAUCAACACCAGAAUGUUCAAUUAAUUCAACUUUUUCUAAAGAUUCACAAUUGAAAUCCUCAAGCUGUACAGAAUUGAAAGAGACAAUGAAUGGUAAAGAACAGAAAGAUAUUUUAUCCACGAUCCUUAAAGAUUAUAAAAAAAUUAUGAAGGAAUGGAACUACACAGUAAAAGAUCAUUGCUCUGCGGUUUCUCAUUGUAGUAAAAAAAGUUCUACAAUGUGUCGAAGGAGCAAUACCGACAGCUAUGUUCGAAGUUUACAUUCAACUUUAUCAUACCGAAAACCAAGGAAAUGUCGCAAAUCGAUAAACAGCAAUCAUUGUUUGUAUGCAUCUAUUAAAAAUUGUAAAAGAUAUCAAAAUUUGCACCAAAGAAAAACACAAAGUCUAAACAGAAACUUAAGUUUUACAAAUUGGACAUCUACGCUACAGCAUAUAAGAAAGAAAUCUAUGUUUUGGAAGAUUAAUAAGAGCUUGACACCUUCGGAAUGUAAAUGUUUACAAACGAUCUAUAAAGACUACGACAGACGGUUACAAGAGUGGUGUGACACUGUUAGUCAAUGUUCUUCAAUGCUAAAUUCGGUAAUAGAUAUUAAAUUAUAAUAUUAGCAGACCAGCAGUGGUUUUUUACUUUCAAAUGUCACUUCUUGUUUUUCAACGUCGCUUAAUAAAUCUAAUGAUUUAUUUUUAUUCAAAUAUACGAAUUAG